CUUAAGCCAACAAAAGCAGACGAAGGGGAAGAAAAGAACCUUCGCUUUGUUUCCGCGCUUGCAUUACUUUUCUCGCCGAACUAAACUUUCAAACAGGAAACCGAACCUUUUUUUUUUUUUUUACUUCCCAAAAUUUGGAGCUCCCUUAGGUUCGCUGUCCCUCUCCCUUUUAUUCCUUUGCAAAAGAAAAACAGAAAAAAGAAAGGUCUCUGGGUUUUAACUUCUCUCAGCGCAAUUGCCAUCAAGCUGAAGAAAUACCUUUAGAGCUAAAUUAUAUAAGGGCAUUCAACAUUUUGUAAAUAGAAGAGAGAGAGGUACUGGUUCGUAGAGGUGGUGGGACUUCUUCGAGCUUAGGGUCCUCUCUCAUUGCAUUUAUUUUAGCUUUGGGAGUUUUUUUGUUGGUGCAUAUGUAUAAUUAGAACAGUUGAGCUUUAAUGGUGAGGUUGUGUGAAGAGUUUUAACUGAAGGGAAAAGCUUAAAAGAUAACAUUAUGGGUUCUGUCUGUUGCUGCUUGCGCCCUGAGGAUUUUGAGGACUAUAUCAAUCCGAACAGUAAUGUAUAUAGAAAUUGCGUGUGCCUCAGUUGCUUUGUUCAGAACUUCGUACAUGUGUAUACCACAUUGUUCCGAAGAGGGGAAUUGCGUUCUGUCCCUUCAUCCAUUCAGGGGACAGGAUCUAUUAUCUCUUCUGCAUCUCUAGAUAACUCACUCUCUGACAUGUACCAAUCUCCUCCAAGACCCUUGCCUUAUGAUGCUGAGGCUAGAUAUUUCCGCUUACAACGUGAUGGUCUUGUUUCAAGACAUGAGAAGGGUUCAAGUCAGUCACACGAAGAGUCAGAGCCUUUAAGAGGCGAAAACGAUGCAGAUCCAGGAUCUUUGAGUACCGAGGGCAAAUGGAAUGCCUUUGAGCGAGGCUCGAAAGAGCAGCAUUCUAAAUCCUCACAAAAACUCUCAUCAGCAAAAGCACCAGUUGGAAUUGGGUACAUCUAUUCAUCUGCUGAAGAAGAGGAGGAUGUCUGUCCAACAUGUCUUGAAGAAUAUACUCCAGAGAAUCCCAAGAUAAUAACAAAAUGUUCCCACCAUUUCCAUCUUGGUUGCAUUUAUGAAUGGAUGGAGAGAAGUGAAAACUGUCCGGUCUGUGGAAAGGUUAUGGUGUUCGAUGAAACGACUUAACUUUUGUUCCAAAGGUUUUGUUGUGGAUGAAAGACAACAGAAGACGGCCAGCAAAGAAAAGAAAAAGAUAUAGUAAUCUCCUAUGUGAAAAUUGCAGGGAUAAAGCGAUUGUCACAUGUUGUAAAUAUGAAAAAUGUUGUGCAUAAAGACUGGAAGUUCGUACACUUUGUGAACAUUUGAGUUGGGGUUUGGGGGGAGGGGGAAUCAUACGCACGAUUGUUGUACAUCACACUAAAGAAUAUUUUCUUUAUCAAUGUGAAGAAAUGUGGAUCUGAGGAAGCUAUUAUGUAUCAA